AUGAAACUUUCGAUCGCCAUAUUGUCAUCGAUCCUGUUUGCCUGCUCGGUCACUGUUGCCAAUCCAGUUCUUGACAGUUCGACUACAAGUACUGCAACCAGCACUUUGUCAGCAUCUCCUAGUGCAACUGCAACUAGCGGGACUAGUCAUUCAAAGUCUUUGGAUCCAUAUACUGUAUAUAUGAAUAAUUGCUAUCCGAUUAGUUUUGAUGCAUUGAAAAUGAUCCAACUACUUGCAUUAGAUUCACGUAAACUUGACAGACUAUCGAAAGAUAUUAGCAAGAAAAACGCUAAAAUCGACGAAAGAAAGAAAAUGGUCAGUGAGCUGAAGAAAGAAAUUGACCAUUUUAAGAAUGAUCCUUUGAGCACCGAGUCAGAUACUGUCGAACUCGAAUCUACGCUUACUAGCCACAAUAAAGCUUCCAGGAAACUCAGGAAAGGUCUAAGUAUACUCUUCAAGAAACAUUCAAGAACAUGUCAGGAAACUACCGAAUUACGAAGGCAACUUAAAGGCUACUUUAUGGAACAUCAUUCAAGUGAAGAAAUAAUUACUGGUGGUGGACCGUAUCUAAAUAGAUACCCUGUAUUUACAAGUUGCUUCCGUAGCUUCUACAAUGGUGUACUUCAACGAUUACCAAGAUCCAAGUAUGGUGCGAUCCUUGAAGAUCCUAGUGUUUGGCAAUAA